AUGGAAAAACCACUAGCCAUCGUUGUCGGAGCGGGAAUCGCCGGGUUAGCCGCUGCUUGGUGGCUUGACAAGGCUGGCUGGCAGUCCGUGGUUGUUGAGAGGGCGGCCACCUUUCGGGCUGGCGGCUAUACCUUGUCUAUAGCAGGACUGGGGUACGAAACAAUCCAACAUAUGAACCUUUUAGACGAUCUCAAAUCCGUGGCUCAUGCCUACGAAAGCAACAUCAUCAGUGACAACAACGGGAAGGAAUUGUGUCGCAUCCGCUACGCUGACGUUUAUGGAGGCUUGGAGGCGCUGGCCGUUCGACGCGACGGUGUGGCCCGCACACUCGCAAAAGUUCUAGGCAGUUCGAUCAGAUUUAACGAGACCGUCAGCAGCUUUACUGAUAGAGGAGACAAGAUCCGUGCCGUACUCGCAGGCGGCGAUGUCAUUGAGGCGGACCUGUUGAUCGGUGCUGAUGGGUUUCGUUCCAAGAUCCGCCAGCAACUCUUCGAAGACGCCGGUCACAGUCAUUUAGAGCCGCUAGGAUACUAUUAUGCAGCGUACAAUUUUGAAACGCGGCCUGAAAACAAGGAAAAUUGUUACUCGUUCAAUAGCCCUGGGCAUUUGGAUAUGCUGUUCACAGCGCAAGCCCAGGGUAUGACCGGAAUGCACAUCUGGCGUGAAGAUCGGUGCUUGUCGACGGAGACGUCGCGAGACAGGUUCGACAUCCUGCGUGAAAUCACUGCCAAGAGUGUUUCGCAAGUGCGUGAGGCUGUCGAACGUGCAGAAAAAGCAGAGGCGUUUGUGAAUAUGGACAGCCUCACGUUGGUUACUUUACCAAAGUGGUCUAAAGGCAGAGUGGUCCUUCUUGGUGAUGCCGCACACUGUCUCACGCUUCUUUCGGGUCAGGGCGCCGGCAUGGCAUUGACAUCUGCGGAGAUACUUGGUAAAGAACUCCAGAAAACGACGGAUGUCCUCCAAGCCCUUCGCAAUCACGAAGCCAAGCUUCGUCCGACCAUUGAACGGCUGCAAGCGCGCUCGAGGAAGAUGGCAAGGUGGUAUAUCCCAAAGAGCGCAAUCAGUUACCAUAGUCGGAACUUUCUUCUCAAACUGUUGCCUUAUUCCUGGAUUGUGGCCUUCCACGUCGAUUCCCUCAGAUCUGAGAUCGAGCUUACCUGA